AUGCCUUAUUUAGACGUAAGCACCAUUGUAGAAGAUGUGGAUAUAUUUUUUGUUAAGAGUAAAUAGAUAUAACCAUGUAGUUGCUCAAACCACUUUUUUGAUGGGCCUCCUAAUGAAGGCGAGAAAAAAAUUCGAUUUUGCAGACGUUGUUAUGAUAAAAUUAGUUAAUUGAUAGCAGGCAAAGGAUUUUUUGUUGAUAAUGAAAAGUCCACUUUGAAAGUAACCCUAAGAAAAGAAGGAAAUUCUCAUUCUAGAAAUACUUCGAAAUAAUUUGAAAGUGUGACCACAUUUACUUCUUCAAAAAGCAUAAUAGCCAAAGGAAAUGAAGUUUAAUAAUUUUAGGAUGAGUAUGACACACUCUUAGAAAUAAAUUAAGAGAAGGAAGACAUAUCUGAAUUUUUGGAAGAGUCUGAAAUUGCACAAGAUUAAUUACCAAUUUUAUAAGAAAAAAGUGCCUUCAUAUUAGAAAAAAUAUGUGAAUAUGUGCUGCAGAAUGUUCUUUAGCCAAAUAAAACAUAUGAAAAAGUUAUUGAAUUUUGGAAGUCAAAAAUGAAAACCUUGAUAACUCAGUGUGUUUAAGAAAUUUAAUUUCAUUUUUUAAACACAAAGCUUAUGAAUAUUAAUCAUUUUAUGAAAAUAAACAUUAUUGAUCACCAUGAUGAAUAAUUAACCAGUUUUUUUCCUGAAGUUAUCUUUCGAAAGAAUGUUGCACUCAAAUAAAUGUAAUCUGAAAUUAAUAAACCAUCCAUCAUUAUAAUUAUUGGGGAUUUUGACAUGGAUGGUUCAUAAAAUCAAUUAGAAGAUUAUAUUUAAAAUGAAAAAAAGCUAUUAGUUGAUUCAAUUAAUUCAAUUUAUAAAAAUUAUGAACCAAAUUUGAUUUUAGUUAAAAAGGGAGCGAACAAAAUUGCAUUGGAUGAGUGUCUCAAGAAAAAAAUAAGUACUUUAAAGAGUUAAAUUGUGUACAAAUGCUAAAUUUAUAAGCCUGUCCAUAUUAAAAUAAUGCAUUGA